CAGAGUAAAUAAUGAUACACAAACACACAGACAGCAAAGCUUGCAGAUCAUCCAAUCAACUUCUCACACGGCCUCAUACAGAUCUACAGGGACACCGAGCACCAGAGAACAAGAGAUGACAUUUAAUAUAAACACCAGGGUUCAAACAUUGAACAAUAUGGAGGAGCUUAGAAAUUCUUCGUUUGGUCGUCCCUCACCCAGGCACGGACUCAAGCUCCUUUUCUGGUUCGCCAAAGAUUACAUCGUCAUCAAAAAUGGCAACCAGAUGGUUGCAAAUUGCGACCCCAAAGAGGGAGUCUUUGGAUUCCAUCACUUCCAGAACAGACGUGAGUGUGAAAACAACAAGAGGCUGCUUCCUUUUAGUAAGUACCCAUUCUAUGACGUGGGCAACCUCCACCUCAAGGCAUCUGAUUCCAUGCCUGAGUACGUCAGGAAGUACAACACUGGUGACAUAGAUACCAGCAACAUGGACCGCCUCAUCAUCAGUAUGCGUCCAGACAUGACAGUGGAUAAGGUCUAUGUGACCCAGCACGAGGACCUGAAGAGCUUCAACCCGGACAACACCUAUUGCAUCAGCAGGGAGUUGCUCAUGAACAUACGUCGCCAUUCAUUGAGUAACUUCCUGGAACAGGCGGGCUAUAACACCCAUGAGCAAAAUGUAAUUAUUGAUCUGGGCAUCGCCCCCAGGGAGUCUGGGGAUACCAGGAUUGAUAUGGAAGGUGGAUCCAGAGCUCCACCCAGAGCUCCACCCAGAGCUCCACCCAGAGCUCCACCCAGAGCUGCACCAGGCUUCUGGGAAAGCUACUGUUCCAUACUGUAACCAGGCUUCUGGGAAAGCUACUGUUCCAUACUGUAACCAGGCUUCUGGGAAAGCUACUGUACCAUACUGUAACCAGGCUUCUGGGAAAGCUACUGUACCAUACUGUAACCAGGCUUCUGGGAAAGCUACUGUUCCAUACUGUAACCAGGCUUCUGGGAAAGCUACUGUACCAUACUGUAACCAGGCUUCUGGGAAAGCUACUGUACCAUACUGUAACCAGGCUUCUGGGAAAGCUACUGUACCAUACUGUAACCAGGCUUCUGGGAAAGCUACUGUACCAUACUGUAACCAGGCUUCUGGGAAAGCUACUGUACCAUACUGUAACCAGGCUUCUAGGAAAGCUACUGUACCAUACUGUAACCAGGCUUCUGGGAAAGCUACUGUACCAUACUGUAACCAGGCUUCUAGGAAAGCUACUGUAUCAUACUGUAACCAGGCUUCUGGGAAAGCUACUGUACCAUACUGUAACCAGGCUUCUGGGAAAGCUACUGUAUCAUACUGUAACCAGGCUUCUGGGAAAGCUACUGUAUCAUACUGUAACCAGGCUUCUGGGAAAGCUACUGUACCAUACUGUAGAUCAGUGUCCUUUAGUCCUGGUCCUGGGGACCCUGAAGGGGGGGACGUUUUAGUUUAUUGCCCCAGCACAUUGCUGUUCAUUAUGGUAUGUUCAGUUCCACUAAUACAUUUAGUCAUUUAUCAGACACUAUUAUCCAGAGUGACUUCAGUGCAUUAAACUAAAGGCAGAUAAACAACAACAUCCUGUAUCACAGUCAGAGGAAGUCAACUGUUUCUGUUACCAUUACUGAGAGGGUUGUUGCUGUUGGGUUCUGCUACUGGCUAAUGUACUUCUGUAUGUUAAAAUACAAAAUACAUGCAUUUUAAUUAAAUACACUUCAAAAUACAA